AUGGAUGAAGGUUCGAAAGGUUUAUUUUUUAAAGGAGAGGCUGCUAGGAAAAUUGUUAAAGGUUUAAGAGAGCGAGCCGAGAAUAAUGGUCCUCUUUCUCCAAAUGAAUUUGAGUCCUUUAUAGACUCUUAUGAAAAUCCUCAGACUGUUUAUUAUUGUAAAUCUUGUGGAGAAAAAAAGAAAAAUGAAGGUACUCCGUUACCAGGAAGUGCGGUUGGCGGUUAUUGUCAAGUUUGCAGUAACAGCAGGGGAGGAGAUGAAAAAUCCGAUGACACCUUAAGGAAUUUAAAAGAGAAAGAGUGUCCAAAGUGUGGUUAUCAUCGCACUGAUGGAAGAUGCCCUGAUUGUGGUAGAAGCAAUGUUAUCAUAAAUCCUGAGACAGGGUUAUGUAAUUCUUGCGGAAUGAAGCAUUUUCGCUUAAUGAUUCAGCAAAUGAUUAAAGAAGAAGGAUUAAAAGAGGGACAAAUAGAGAAUUUUGGUAGUGGGAAUAAUCGGUUUAGUUAUAUGAAAGAAGAAAAGAAAAUAAUGCAAGAAAUCACUAUCCCCUCCGCUCAAAUCCUCUCGGUAGAAAAACUCCCUGACAAAAAACUCCGUAAAUACACUUUCUUUAAUACUCAAACUGGAAUAAAAGACUUUUUUUACAGCGAUAAAAAAGUAAAUCAUAUCCCUGAGAUAGCAGGUGAAUUAGACUUAUCAGUGAACGAAAACCAUCAAGAAAAGUUUUUUCAAAACUUUGCUCAGAAUAUCCAAAAGUUUGAAAUACCUGAACUAAUCAAGUUUGAAAAGCCUUUGGAGGAAGAAGUUAUAAGAACUAAACCUAAAAAAACUAUCACUAAACUCGCUCCUUGGCAAAUAAGGAAAUUACGGGAAAAAAGUUUCUCCUGA